ACAGUCAAACUACCGAAUAAUACUGAUCGUCAAAGUAACUGUUCGCGACUCAUUUAUAUCGAAGGAAUCUUUGACGGUUUCAUUGACAACAUUAGCGACUUUCUUAUCUGUUCUGAAAUAGAAGGAUCGCAAUGACAUUCAAGCUCUGCUUCAUUAUGCUGACACGUCAUUUAAUAUCAUCUGACUCUCAAACACAGUAAAACAUAUUCUAUUAUAAAAACAAAUAUUUCGAUGUCUCUUUCCUGGUAGCUGUCUCAUUUGUGUUCUUAUCAUUUUGCUGUCAUCGGGCAAUUUUUCACGGAAUAGAUGUAUCUAUCACAAUAUAAGAAAGCAAAAAUAAGUUUCAUCAUACACAAUCGAUGAAGAAAUACAUUUUAUACACGAUGCAAAACAUUAUCGUCUUGCUAGUACUCGCUUUGACAAUAUUUGCAACAACAGUUUCAAAAGUUGAAGAGAAAGCGUCGGAUGGUGGAAUAUUUCAUGUGAAAGUGCGUACGAGUAACAUCGGUCGGAUAAAAUACGAAGAUGGUGAAGUUUUACUCGCUCAGAAUCUAGAGAAGCCUACGGAUAUUUUCUUCACACCGUUUCCACGUGUUGAUCCUUCAAGUACAGAAUGUCAAGAAAAUGAACUCAGUGGUCAGACAGAACUUAUUCUUUCGGUCGAUUUAUAUACUUCACAGUUGAUUCGUGAUGUUCAUGCCUAUAUUAACAAACGCUAUCCAACUCUCUGUAAUGGUGAUGUUGAAGAGAAUAUGACAACAAAAUGUGAUGUAUCACUUUUGCCUAUGAAUGCUAUUCGUCUUGUUCAAAAGGGUCUUCGAUCAAAUAUGUCUCGUCUCAAGUACCUAGUCGAUGAUCAAUGGCAUUCAAAUACUCUUCUUCUUCAAUCGGUACAAUUGGAAAAAGCAGAUGAUCGAUUGUGGGACUCACUCUAUUGGACAAAAGAGCAAAUGCGACCUGAUCGUCUUUCGAAAGUACUCAAUAUAGUUUUUCGCAAAGAAUCAAAUGACAGUGAUCAUUUUGUUUAUGAUAGUAAUGCAGCUAAGAAUUCUCAAAAACUUCACUUGACUCAACAUGAUAUUGAUCAAUUCGAGAAACUCGAUAAGUUUCUAUCUACCUACUUACGUACUUCUUCCACGCUCGGUUCGCAGCAUGGUCAGGGUCAGGGCAGUGUCAGUUUUGCUAUCGGUCCAUAUAGAUUCGAUGGUGGUGGAGGUGGAAGUCAUCAUUCGCAUUCACAAAAUUCGCAAAUACCAUUACAAAAUGUUAUUAUUCCUGAAAAUGCUCAAUGGAUACAACAUGGUAUUACUGUUGCCGGUGGUAAUGAAAAGGGCCAUUGGCUUAAUCAGUUGAAUGAACCUAUGGGCUUGUUGGCAGGUGGAAAUGGACAAGGUAAUGAUCUUAAUCAGCUAAAUACUCCGACGUCCAUGUUUGUUACUCGAAAUCGUUCUUUGUACGUGGCGGAUUAUACAAAUAAUCGUGUGAUAAAGUGGGAGGAAGGUGCAAAACAAGGUAUUGUUGUGGCUGGUGGUCGAGGUUCAAGUAGCAACGCCAUGCAAUUGUCCCGUCCUCAUGGAGUGAUCGUCGAUCAGUUGGGCACUGUCUAUGUUGCAGACUACGGCAAUCAUCGAAUCAUGCGGUGGCCAAAAGGAGCUGAGCAAGGCACUGUUCUGAUCGGUGAAAAGAGUCCAGGUGCACAACCAGAUCAGCUCAAUGGUCCUGUAGGUAUACUGUUUGAUCAAAAGGGCAAUCUUUAUGUUGGUGAAUACUCCAAUCAUCGAGUGCAACGAUUCAAUAUUAAACCGCAUUUAUAUUCAUAG